AUGUUGUUGCCAUGGGAACUGUUAAUCCUUCUGUCACUCAAAGAGUGCCUGGCUGGUAAGAUGCCAAUUCAAAAUACACGCCACGGUCCUGUCUUCACCCAGGAGCCCAGUGACAGUAUUUUCCCACUGAGCACUGACGAUAAGCAGGUGUUUAUUAAUUGCAAAGCGAAGGGAAACCCGCCUCCGCACUACAGGUGGAAAGUGGAUGGCAGAGACAUAAACACAGAGUCGGAGCCAAACUACAGUCUUGUAGAGGGUAACCUGCUGAUCAAUAACCCUCACGUCAUCAACCAUGGAGGAGUGUAUCAGUGCAUCGCCACCAAUACAUUUGGGACUGUUGUCAGCAGGGAGGCAAAAGUCCAGUUUGCAUUUCUGCAGAACUUCAACAGGAAGUCACGGAACAUGGUGUCGGUGAGAGAGGGUCAAGCUGUGGUUCUGCUCUGUGGCCCUCCACCCCAUUACGGAGAGAUCAAAUAUUCAUGGGUUUUCAAUGGACAGCGCAGCUUCCUGCAGCAGGACGCCCGGCGCUUCAUCUCUCAGCGAACGGGCAACUUGUACAUCGCCAAAGUCGAAGCCUCAGACGAGGGGAACUACACGUGCGCGGUGAGAAACAUGAUGACCAACGCCACAGUGUUCAGCUCCCCAACCCCCGUGGUGGUGCGGCGGGACGUGGUGAUGGGUGAAUACGAGCCAAAGAUUGAAGUUCAGUUUCCUGACACCCUUCAUGUCUCUAAAGGAUUAUCAGUGAAGCUGGAGUGCUUUGCCUUAGGAAACCCAGUGCCUUCCAUCUCAUGGAGAAGAGCUGAUGGAAAUCCACUCCCCGGCAAGAUUAAAAUCAAUCACUCCAGUGGGGUUCUGGAAAUUCCAUAUUUUCGCCCAGAGGAUGCUGGUGUGUACGAGUGCGUUGCCGAAAACAGCAGAGGACGAAAUGUUGCCAGAGGGCAACUUAUAUUCCACAAUGUUGAGCAUCUGCAUUGGGUCCAAACACUGAAAGAUGCUCAUAUGGCAAUAGAUGCCAAUCUGCAGUGGGAAUGUAAAGCCAUCGGUAAGCCGAGCCCUGCAUACAGAUGGCUGAAGAAUGGUCAGCCACUAACAGCAGAGGGGAGGAUCCAUGUGGAAGCUGGUAGACUGACCAUAUCCAGGAUUAGUCUGUUGGACUCCGGGAUGUAUCAGUGUGUGGCGGAGAAUGAACAUGGAGCCGUCUAUGCCAGCUCUGAGCUCAAAGUUGUAGCCUCCCCACCUGACUUCACCCGGCGCCCCGUGAAGAAGUCCACGGUGAUCCAGAGGGGGGGCGAGGUGGUCUUAGAGUGUCGCCCCCACGCUUCCCCCAGGGCCACAAUCUCCUGGUGGAGAGCGGGCGAACCGCUGAAGGACAGCAAGAGACAGACUAUCAUGGCAGAUGGGACUCUGCGUAUCACCAACAUCUCCAAAUCUGAUGGAGGCAGAUACACAUGUGUGGCCAGAAACCAUUUUGGAACAUCCAGCAGCACAGGGACGCUGGUGGUGAAAGAACCCACCAGGAUCAUAGUUCCACCCUUGAGUUUGGACGCCACCGUGGGACAGAGCCUUGUGUUGCCAUGUGAAGUGUCCAGUGAUUCGUCUCUGAGCCCCAUCUUCAAGUGGUUUUUCAACGGCAAAGCCAUUGAUUUCAGCAGGCAGGAGCACUUUGAAAUGAUUGGAGGGGGAUUUGCAGGUGACCUGAUGGUGAGGAACAUUCAGCUGAAGCAUUCUGGGAAGUAUGUGUGCAUGGUACACACUGAAGUCGACACUGUUUCGGCAGCAGCAGACCUAAUUGUCAGAGGACCUCCCGGUGCCCCGGAGGGCCUGGUGGUGACUGACAUUACUGACACCACUAUGCAACUGUCCUGGAGCUCUGGAACUGACAACCACAGUCCUGUUACCAUGUACAUGGUGCAGGCCAGGACCCCCUUCUCUAUAGGCUGGCAGACUGUGAGAACAGUUCCUGAUUCUGUGCCUGGACAGAUGAUGCAUGCAACAGUGAAAGAUUUGAACCCCUGGGUGGAUUAUGAAUUCAGGGUUGUGGCAAUCAACAGUGUUGGUGUAGGAGAACCCAGCACGCCAUCAAAACAGAUUCGAACCAAAGCAGCAGUUCCCAAGGUUGCACCCGUUAAUGUGAGUGGCGGCGGAGGAGCUCGAGGAGAACUUGUCAUCAUUUGGGAGCCGGUUCCGGAGGAACAGCAGAGCGGAGAGGACUUUGGCUAUGUCGUGGCUUUCCGCCCACUUGGCAGCAGCACCUGGAUCCAGACAGUGCUGGCAUCACCUGAUGCAUCCAGAUAUAUUUACAGAAAUGACAGCAUCGCACCCCUGUCCCAGUUUGAAGUGAAAGUGGGCGUGUACAACAGCCUGGGAGAGGGGCAGUUCAGCCGUGUUGUUAGAGUGCUUUCUGCAGAGGAAGAGCCUUCUGAGGCACCGUCAAGAGUGUGGGGCCGCGCCGUUUCAGCCUCUGACAUCGAGGUGUACUGGGAGCCAAUUCCCCCCGGGUCCAGCAAGGAGAAGAUCAUUGCAUAUGAGGUUCUGUUUUGGGAGGAAGGAUCUCAGCAAAGUCAAGCAGACAGAGUGAAGGUUAUCAACUCCACGGCUCUGCUGUCUGGCUUAAAGGGUAGCACAGUCUAUCUGAUCUCAGUCAGAGCCCAAAACAGCGCUGGACUUGGACCCUGCAGCCCUGCAUUUAACAUCACCACCAAGAAACCACCUCCGCGUCAGCCUCCGGGGAAUAUUGAGUGGAACCUGACCAACUCUAAGAUCUUUCUAAAUUGGGAACAUGUCAAGGCGAUGGAAAAUGAGUCUGAGGUGACGGGAUACAAGGUUGUGUAUCGUCAGAACUGGCAUGGCAGGACCACUGUACUGGAAACCAAUAAGACCAGUGUGGAGCUGCAGAUCCCUUCCGGAGAGGACUACCUCAUUGAGAUCAAAGCUCUGACCAAAGGGGGCGAUGGCACCAGCAGCGGCCCCAUCCGCAUACCAAAGAUGUCCAGUAAGUUUCAGACACUCUGCAGCAUGCAAAUGAUUAGAGUUGGAAUUAAGCAGAUGAGCAGUGGGAUGGGUGCACUGUGUGUAACUAAUCCCCAGUGUGACUGA